AUGGAGACCAAAGGAGUCAAAGUAAGGGACAGCACUAUUCUCUGGACGCUUCACUCUCGAGUCGCUGAAGGGAAUGAUGACCUUGCCUACAACUUCCUACUCGCUAUAUCGGAUGCCUCCGAAGGCAUCAUCUCUCCCUACAACCCAACAACUCGGUUACGGGGCGCUGUCAAUCGUCAAAGCGUCACCUGCUACCUAGACUCGACCCUCUUCGCCAUGUUCUCGCGAUUGGGCAGCUUCGAGGCUAUGCUCUACAACACAUUCGCUGACCUUGCUCGGCAAAAGCUAAGCUUCUUGCUGCGUCUCUGGGUCAACAUGCUGCGAACCGGGCAACUGAUUACCGUUGAUGUGACUGAAAGGAUCCAAGCCUCGAUAGCAGAAUGCGGCUGGCAAGAAGCUGCGGAGCUGCACCAGCAAGACGCUUCCGAAGCCUUCAGCUUUAUCACUGGGAAACUUGAGCUGCCACUCCUUACCCUCAAGAUGGACAUUUAUCAUUCUGGGAAAGAGGACACCGCAGAUGAUCACAAAUUCAUCAACGAGAGGCUACUCGAAGUAGCGAUACCAGAAAACCCAGACGGCGAACAAAAGGAGAUUACUCUUGAAGAGUGUCUCGAGGAAUACUUCAAUAAUCGCGUCGAAGUACGCAGAUAUCUCGAGCGGAGGACUACCAUGAAUUCGAUGAAGUCACCAGUCGAUGGGAAACUCAAAGCGGCAGCGAUUCACGUCGAGACUAUGGAAAUCGAUCCUGAUUCUUCCCCUAUUACUCCCAUUGCAUCAACCCCAAGCGGGCCCCUAACACGACCACCGGCGCGGCCAAGGCAGCAAAGCAUCAUCCAGGAGCGCUAUGCUCCAGCACGCACGGUCAGCAGCGGCACCACUCCGCUUAGCCAAGUCGAUACGGAUGCUAGUGGGCGUUCUCGUGCUGGGAGCUUGAGGAAGACGGUCAUGAUGCCCGGCUGGCAAUUCUUCAGUCUCAUCCCGUGGUAUACUGACAACACCCCUUCUAAUGAUGCUCAAGUGGCGGCACACUUUUCCUCAGUCCGCCCAGUACUAGGACUGUGCCUGAAACGCUAUACCUUCCAGAACGGGCGGCCCGCGCGCUUAGGAACCUAUGUCGAUAUUCCGGUGGAAAUUGGUCUGCCGCAUUUCAUUCAAGAGGAUCAUAUGGAGGAUGGCACCAACUUUGGCAACUUCAAGCUGUCUCUCCAGUCAGUCGUCUGCCAUCGCGGCGAAUCAGUCGACUCUGGGCACUACAUUGCUCUCGUCCGAGGCACGACAAGGGCACCUGAGAAUGUGGCUGCCGGAGAUACGAAGCAUUGGCUAAGGUUUGAUGAUUUGGCACCGCAGCGCAUCACCCUGGUCGAUAUCCACCAAGCAUUGCGAGAAGAGACGCCAUAUCUCCUGUUCUACCAGAUCCUUCCCAUUGAUGAAGCGUCUGGGUCUCGAUCUGAUACGGAAGCAAGCGAGGCCUUUGGCGACCCAUCAUCGACCUCUCUGCCCCUCAGCCGAGUCAGCACUACAGGUCUGCCGUCUGGCCGCCCGAGCUUGGAGACUACCGGUCCUAAUGACUCUCGGGGCCGUUCACCCAACGAAGAAAGCAGGGCCAGCAUCGUGUCAUUUUCGGAGACCGCAGCAGCUGGAUCCCUGGCGGCACCAUCCCCACCCAGCAACGGCCAAAGUCGCAAGGGCAGCACCGCGUCUCACCAGAGAAGUGUAAGCAAGGGUAGUGAUGGUGGUAGCGGCUUGGGCAGGACGCUUUCGAAGCUCACCAAGCGCAGGAGUCGCGAAGUGCCCCGAAAUCAACACCACGAGACGGAGCCUGCCAAGAUCCAAGUUCAGGAGAUCACAGACUUGACACCCGAGACCAGUCAGGUAGCCCCGGUCGCGAAGCCCAACACACUCGCGGUCACUACUACUCCUGGGCAUAGCGGUCGGAGUCACAAGAGAGACAGCAGCAAAGGCAAAAAUCGACUUUCCAAGCAUGGCGGUAAAGAUAAAGACCUGGACAGGGAGUGCAUCGUCAUGUGA